AUGAACCACGAAGAGAAAGUCACCAUGGACCUUGUUCCACCAUCUGAACACCUCUGCUACGUUCGUUGCAACUUCUGUAACACUGUUCUCGCGGUUGGCAUACCAUGCAAGAGGCUAUUAGACACUGUGACAGUGAAGUGUGGUCACUGUAGCAACCUAUCCUUUCUGAGCACCAGACCCCCAAAUUCUCAACAUCAAACCAUUGAUCACACCCUUAGUCUCCAGGGGUUUUACUGUAUUGCCAAAAAGGGACAAGCGUCGUCUUCAUCUUCCUCGCCAACUACAUCUAACGAGUCAGUGUCCCCAAAAGCAGCACCAUUUGUUGUAAAACCACCUGAGAAGAAGCACCGUCUCCCAUCUGCUUAUAACCGUUUCAUGAAGGAGGAGAUACAGCGCAUCAAAGCAGCCAACCCUCAGAUCCCACAUCGAGAAGCUUUCAGUGCUGCAGCGAAAAAUUGGGCUAGGUUCAUUCCGAAUUCGCCAACCAGUUCAGUUUCCGCGAGUAAAAAUAAUGUAAGAUCAUAUGGAGAUGGACUUUAUGCCAGCAUGUAG